CGCGCCGCCAGUCGCCUGCCGGGCUCGCCGACGGCACCACAGCCCUGCAUCCACCUGUACGGUGAUACGCGAAAGUCGAUACGUUAUUAUUUGUAUUCACGAGGUGCAUUAAUCAAGCACACUCCUGUAUAAAGGAUAGCCGUAUACUUUUUCCGUUCAUCGCGCCUCCGAAUAACUGCACAUAACUGCGUAGAACCAGCUUUUCAAAAUGACGAGCAUCUACAACUGGUACAGAGACCUCUUGGAUAACAGGAGUGAUCCCCGGGUGAAGGAUUGGCCGAUGACGUCGUCGCCGUUGCCCACGGUCGCGAUAUGUCUGGCCUACGCCUACUUCUCCAAAUCCAUCGGGCCCAGGCUCAUGGCCAACAGGAAACCCUUCGAGCUGAGGGGCGUCCUCAUAGUAUAUAACCUAUUCCAAACCCUCUUCAGCGCCUGGAUAUUCUAUGAGUACCUAAUGAGCGGCUGGUGGGGUGAAUACAACUUCACUUGUCAACUCGUCGACUAUUCGCGGAGGCCGACAGCAAUGAGGAUGGCAGCCACGUGCUGGUGGUACUACUUCAGCAAGUUCACAGAGUUCUUCGACACGCUGUUCUUCAUUCUGCGCAAGAAGAACGAGCAGGUGUCCACGCUGCAUGUGAUACACCACGGCAUCAUGCCCUUCUCAGUGUGGAUGGGCCUGAAAUUCGCGCCAGGCGGCCACAGCACGUUCUUCGCGCUGCUCAACACGUUCGUGCACAUCGUCAUGUACUUCUACUACAUGGUCUCAGCCAUGGGACCAAAGUACCAGAAGUACAUCUGGUGGAAGAAGUACCUCACCGCUUUCCAGAUGGUGCAGUUCGUGAUGAUCUUCAGUCACCAGCUGCAGGUGCUGUUCCGGCCGUCGUGCCAGUACCCGCACGUGUUCGUCUACUGGAUCGCCAUGCACGGGUUCCUCUUCCUGUUCCUCUUCAGCGACUUCUACAAGGCGAGAUACACGCAGAAGGUGCAGAAACGCGCCGAUGGACUUUGUAUGGCGGUGGACGUGGGCGCGACGCGCGGCUACAAGGAGGGCUCGCAGGUGCCGAGCGCGUACGCGUCGUCGGCCGCGGACGCCUUCGUGCGGCGGCGGCCCGUCUCAUAGUGCCUGUGCCUGCAGACAUGUUACACGAAACUUUCUUAAUGCACAAACUCACCGCAACUCGAAUGCCUUGUAAUUUCUCUAAGUACAGAACUAUGUUCCGAAUAUAUUCUAUGGAUUGUUAUCGAUUCGGCGAGAUGUAGGAUGUUUAAUGAGGUGUGGUCUGUAAUUUUUAGUCACAAUUGUAGAUCUUACUUUGAUUUCUUCGCGAUAUCGUGGACGGGCAUUGUGUAUUAUCGUCACUGUAAAUAAUAAUGUUUUUGUAACGUUCGGGUCUCGGCUUACGUUUUGAGGAGGGUAGUGGAUUGUUUGUAAAUAUUAUUUUAUCGCUUAGGUAGUCCAUAAUGCGAAUAACUGAAAUACGUUACCAUAAAAUUCUGUAAGAUGUCCAGUGUCCAUAUUAUUUCGGUAUUUUCCUAAAUAAAAUGUAUUUUCGUAGUUUCUUUCACGUAUAUGAUGUCUACUGUUAAUACCAAAAAAUGAACAAGUAUAUGAAUCGACACGAUGUGUCGGGUCUGUGUGAAUACUGUAUAGAUUGCAUUUAAGUUGUGACAUGAAUAUUGUACUUGUUCGCGAGUACGGGAGCAGCGGCGGCAGGGGCCGCUGGUAGGUUAUGUAGAUGUGUGCGCGGGCGACGAUUCGCCGAAUAAUGUUAAUUAUUAUUUUGUAUCAUGUUUUGGUGUAUUAAUGCUUUGAAUGUUGUGCAAUGUGAAGCGCCGGUUGCUUGUCGCGACAGAUAUGCUCAAAUAAUACUGCGUAUUCACCGUUUUGCUAUUCUAUUUAUUAUUUUAAUAAAGAAGUUUACAGUA